AUACGUUUCUUUUGUUCAGUAUCAGUGCUGAGCCGCAGGACAGCGGAAAUUUGAGUGCAGAUACUUAAAGCUCCGGACACCUCUUCCCUGUAGUACGUCGCCGGUCACAGGAUCCGUCACAGCUGCAGGGGGAGACAAAACAACACCUCAAGCAGAUGGAUCUGGAAAGCAAAGUGAAGAAGAUAACUUUAGGUCAUGAGGAAGGCUCUGGAGCACCAUGUUUAAAAUGCAAGGAUAAAUGUGAAGGAUUUGAACUGCACUUCUGGAGGAAAGUAUGCAGGAACUGCAAAUGUGGCCAAGAAGAGCAUGAUGUUGUUUCUAAUAACGAAGAUGAUCGAAAAGUGGGAAAGCUUUUUGAGGACACAAAAUAUACUACACUAAUAGCGAAACUGAAAACUGAUGGAAUUCCCACUUAUAAAAGGAAUGUGAUGAUUCUUACCAAUCCCGUUGCAGCAAAGAAAGAUGUGUCAAUCAACACAGUAACUUAUGAAUGGGCUCCACCGGUGCAAAACCAGAUGCUGGCCCGGCGUUACAUGGAAAUGAUUCCAAAAGAGAAACAACCUGUGGCUGGUUCAGAAGGUGCCCAGUACAGGAAGAAACAGUUGGCUAAGCAACUUCCUGCUCACGAUCAAGAUCCUUCAAAAUGUCAUGAAUUGUCUCCAAAUGAGGUUAAGCAGAUGGAGCAGUUUGUAAAGAAAUACAAAAAUGAAGUCCUUGGUGUGGGAGAUGUUAAGUUGCCCAAAGAAGUGGAGACACAAGCAGGUGCAAAAAGUAGCCCUAACAACGGAGACAGGACCACUUUAACAACCGUAAGAGCUAGUGAGAACAAGACUGCGGCUCAAAAGCCAUCCAAUUAUUACUGCUUCAAGUGCAAAGAGAAUAUGCGAGAAGGUGAUCCAGCGGUAUACGCAGAACGCGCCGGGUACGACAAACUUUGGCAUCCUUCGUGUUUUGUCUGCUACGUAUGCAGUGAGCUUCUGGUUGACAUGAUCUAUUUCUGGAAAAAUGGAAAGCUUUACUGCGGCAGGCAUUAUUGUGAUAGCGAAAAGCCGCGUUGUGCCGGUUGUGAUGAGCUGAUCUUCAGUAAUGAAUACACUCAAGCAGAAGGCCAGAAUUGGCAUUUGAAGCAUUUUUGCUGCUUUGAUUGUGACUGCGUUCUUGCAGGAGAAAUAUAUGUGAUGGUGAAUGACAAGCCUGUCUGUAAACCAUGCUACGUGAAGAACCACGCUGCGUCUUGCCAAGGCUGCCAUAAUGCCAUUGAUCCAGAGGUUCAGCGUGUGAGUUAUAAUGGAUACCAUUGGCAUGCUACUCAAGAGUGUUUCCUAUGCUCCUGUUGCAGCAAGUGUCUGAUUGGCCAAAAGUUCAUGCCGAUUGAAGGAAUGGUAUUCUGCUCUGUAGAGUGCAAGAAAAAAAUGACAACCUAAGGGGGAUUUAAUGAAACGUUUCAUGCAUUUUGCCAUUUCAACUAAAGACACAUAUUUACAUACAUUCUUUAUGUAGCAGUUAAACAACACACAUCAGAUGCCUAUGCCUUAUGUCUUAAUUAAGAAGCAAAUACUGGUACAAUGAAAAAAAAUCAAUAAUCUAUUGAAUGUGGUUUCUUUGAUAACCCUAGAGUUUCUAUGCAUAACUAAUAGUCUGGGAUGUUAAUAAUAUUUUUUUUUAAUUAUUGAUUGCAAUAGUCCUAUGGAAUGUGGUUGCAUUUACAAACAUGGUAUUUCUAUGCAUUACUAGUAGAAGGUUAUAUGUAGAAAAUCUUUCUCACCAGAUCUUCUACUAGAUAAAAAAGUAGCCUACAACAAGCCAAUUUUAUUAAUGAGCUAGGAAAUCGAAAUAAAGAUCAUACAAUCCCACCAUCACUGUUUAUCCUUGGAAGCAUGCCUAAUGGUUUGUGUUUACUAUGCCAAGCACAGGGUUAUUACCUACGCUUGCUCGGCUACAUUGUUUUAUGCAAUUUUGAGGAAAUGACCUGCUUCCUGGUGUUUUGUAUAAGCCCAUUGUACCAUUCUUUAAUUCAUCACCAUAAAUAGCCUUAAGAUGCAAAAUAUUUAUUUGCACAGUGUUUACCAGCUGCAACUAUGCAAAUUUAGCCAAACAUACUUUGUUUUUAAUGUAUUUGGUGCACUUGCUCUGCAAUGAAUAAAUAAAGCUUACAGUAACUCGAA